CGUCAGGUUUGUCAGACAGCACGGAGAACCCUUUAGCAGGUCCGCUCCAGCGUUUGCAGGCAAUUACCCAACCCGUCUGCCGAAACGACUAGGGCAGGAAGAACAGCUUUCAGCGCGAGACUUUGUACGGGUUCGGGGGCCAUCUGGUUCUCAAUCGUCCGGACGUUGUUACCCCUGCUUAGUGCUAGUGCAGGCAUUCCAUAGCUGGGACGUUGUAUUGAUAAUACAAACCUAUCAAACACUACUUGUAGCCGAUCGCCUUUCUCCAUUCACCGUUUUCCGCUGUUUGUCGCUCUUGUCACGGCCGGGCCCUUUAAGACGCAAAGACAAGCUUCUAUACACUGCGCACAGGCUUUUCCAGCUGUUGUCUGUCGACAGAGCGGGCACCGCGCGCUUGACAAGUAUGUGUUUACGGCUGUGCUUUGGGCGUCGUCGCCAGCAAUAUGCUGCGAAGUCAGAGUUGACAGCUCUCAGCGCGCCUGUGUGUGAGCAAGUAAAUGCGAUGAAACUCAACAAUGACGGUAGCUCACAAGGCUCCACAUUGCUAAGCCUGACCACUCAUGAGCAAAGCCUGGUCGUGGCAAACUGCUGCGUCGAAAGCAGCCAGGCGCUAAUCAGCACCAAGCAGCCGGCCAACGGAUCAGCGACGACUAAGCAGCAUGCAACCCAUGAGCUGCCCACCUCUGCGCGCCGGCUGCAGCUUCCCGCGCUCGUUGCUCCGCCCGACGCACGUCCCGCCGCUGCUCCUGCGCCUGCUGCCGCCUCUCCCCUGAUGGUCACGGAGGUGGUAGUCGUGCGGCACUCCACCACCACCGUUGAAGUGCCGGCUUCUGCUGUUGCGGCGGCUGCCACUGCGGCUGCUGCGGCUGCUGACGCCCGCCGCAGCCGCGAUGACGCACUCGUUGAGGCGCCAACCUCCCUCAUGGCACGGGACCUGCCGCCACCGCCUGUCGCUGCCUCCGCCUCCGCCGGCUCCGACACCCUCAACCCGCUACAGCCGGACACGCCGCGGGCCGCAGCGGCCGGCUCCACGGGAGCCAGCAGCGGCGGCGGCAGCGCCCGGCGGCAGCAGCAGCUGCUGCUGGCUUCCCGCCAUCGGGACCUGGUGCCGGAGCAGGUGGUGGAGUGCGACCCGGUCCACAUCUUGGAGGGCCUCAGCCUGACCACACAGCAGCUGGGGCGCGGCAGCUUCGGCACUGUGGUUACAGGCGCGUAUCACGGGCUGCCGUGCGCGGUCAAGGUGGUGGUGGCAGACAGCCUGGACAAGCCGGCCCUCAGCGAGCUGCUGCUGGCCCCGGCUAUGAACCAUGCGCACCUGGUCCAGACCUACACUACCCGCUGCGCCGAGCUCACAGACGAGUUCUUUAACUUCCUGGAGGGCGGCGGCAGCAGCGCCGCCACUAACCCGAGUGCCGAGCGGCGCGUUCGCGAUCCGACGCUGCCGCGCCUGCUGUUGCCCAUCACCAACCUGAACUCAGGUGACGGCUUUGGAGAUCCCGGCUGCGGCAUUGUGGACGUGCGCAACCCAUACGCGGUGCUGCAUGCGCUGCUGUUUGAGGUCAAGGCGGCUGUGGGGCAGCACGUGAUGGUCAUUGUGCAGGAGCUGUGUGCCAAGUCGACGCUGCACAACGCCAUCCGCCGUGGCACCUUCAAGCUCACCCCGCAAUGGACCCUCCGCCUGGCCCGGCGCGCGCUACUGCGCACUGCGGUGGAGGUGGCGCGGGGGCUGCUGCACCUGCACGAGAUGGGUGUGGUGCACGGCGACGUGAAGCCGCAGAACGUGCUGCUCGCCACCAGUCGCGACGACCGCCGCGGCUUCAGAGCCAAGGUGGCUGACUUUGGACUGGCUCACGUAUUGCCGCGGGCCGCCAGUAAAGUGGACACCGUGAGCAACGGCUCACCCGCCUACAUGGCACCCGAGGCCCUCCAGGGCAGUGUCAGUCGCGCCUCGGACGUGUGGUCGUUCGGCGUGUGUCUGCACGAGAUGCUCACGGGCGAGCGGCCCUUCAGCGACGUGCAGGCCGAGAACGGUGACGCUCUGGUGGCGGCCAUUCGCGAGGGCCGCGUGCGCCUGCAGUGGCCGGACGCGCGGCGGCUGGACAUGGCGAACGGCAUCAUCGCCAUCGGCAAGCGCUGCAUGAGCGCGCGGCCCGAGGACCGCCCGGGCUUUGUGGAGGUCAUCGAGGAGCUGGUCAACACCGAGCGCAUCAUCCGAGCCGAGCGAGGCGCUGGCGCCGGUGGUGAUGGCCAGGGUGGCGGCGCAGUUGGCGGCGGAGCCGCCCACCGCGGCGACAGCGGCGCUGGCAGCCAUGAGCCCACAGCAGCGCGGACAACGCCUGGCUGAGGCGCUGGAGCGGGUGGGCAUUCCCCCGGACACCAUCAUGGCGGCCGUGGCGGCCGCCGAGGAGCAGCAGCAGCAGCAGCAGCAGCAGCAGCAGCAGCAGCAGCAGCAGCAGCAGCAGCCGGCCCGCCGUGCCUGAGAAUGUGAGCGAGGGUGCGGGUGAGUGGUUGAGAAGGACGGGUGCGAGAUGCGUGCGGCGGUGCGGCACUGGAGGCAUAUGCCCUUGUGCCCUAAAUGUGGAAGGCAAUGUUGCGACCCAAUCGGUGAAAUGUACAAAGAAGCAACAAGGAAUUUUGCGCGUGAAAGCGCAGAGGGGGGCUGGAAAGGUUUAUGGCUGAGCAUUGCUUUUUGGUGCUGGGGAUGUCUCAUAUUGUACACGCGCACCUGCCUUGCGCACACCGUCUGGCUUUCCAGAUCAGGGAAUCACUUUAUUCAUGGUGGUGGGUAGGAUUGGGGCCGGCACUGUUUGGGUGAGGUGGAUGCUGCGGCUGGGGGGCAAGUGUCCUCUUCCAUGUGCUGCUGUGGCUGCCGGCGUGGGUGGGCAGGUGCACUGGGUUGCGUGUGCGUCAGUGACAAUGCGAGCAGCAUGGUGGGCAAGCAUUGCUGGACGUAGACAAGCAACAGCAAACUGUUGACGGGGAUGGUCAUUGUCGACUGCACUGCUGAGGGAGGCGAUAUGUAUUGCUGUGCUGGGACGUGCGGCUGGGUAUCGCUGCGCUGCAGCUCUCACAUUGAACGCAACGCAUUGCAAGCUAGAGUUUCAAGCAACGAGUGCAUACUGGAUACUUGGCACUGGGCUCGUGGUUGUGAGCUUUGUGUGGCGGCUGUAGAUUGUGUUUUUGAUAAGCAGCUCUCAUUGGCGACCCGGUAUCCCCGUCCCCCCUAACGGACCCUACCUCACGGUGAGCGGUGCGGUAGCCACUCAUGGCACGAUGGUGGUGGUGGUGGUGGUGGUGGUGGUGGUGGUGGUGGUGGUGGUGGUGGUGGUGGUGGUGGUGGUGGUGGUGGUGGUGGUGGUGGUGGUGGUGGUGGUGGUGAUGGUGGCGGUGUUGGUGGCGGUGGUGGUGGUGGCCGAGGCGCCGCUGCUGGUAGCGCCGCACGAGGCCGUGCGCGGCCAACAGCAGCUAGGUCGUGUCUGUAUGCGGCAGCGGCAGGCAGCUGCCUGAGGUACGAGGCGCCAGAAGACGGGGUCCAAAUAAAGGAGGAUGUAUGGCGUGCGUCUGUGUCUGCGAGUGUGAAGGCGUGUCCUCCUGGUCUAUAUGUACGCAGUUGUGCCUGGAAUUGUCGUUAUUAUGUGGUGGGAGAAUGUGGUGGGAGCAUUGCCAAGCUGGAAUGCGUUGAUGCAGGCGUCCUGGAUGUAGGAGGUAGAGAAUCAUUGCUGAUGUGUGUGAACGUAUGUGUAUCUUCCUGCUGAUGUGCGCGUGACUGAAUCUAUUUAUUUACGCCACACAUCUGCUGCAGCUUUGCCGUGCGUGGGCAGAGCGAGGGAAAGAGUUGUUAUCGUUUGGUAGGUCAGAUGAAUUCACCCUUAAUAAUCAGUAAAACGAAUACGCACGGCUGUUACGUGAGUAGCGUGGUUUACCCAUAGCACGAAGCGUCGGACUGCUGCUGGCAGUAAUGAUACUGGCAUGGGUGGGUGGCUUGUGAAUGAACCGUACUUACUUGGAGAUGGGGCGAGGGUGUGCAGGUUGCGGUGAGGGCGCUCACGGGGCGCUUCGGCCCAUUGAUUGUGUGCGUGCGCGCGCGCGCGUAUUUGUGUGUGUAUGUGUGUUGUGUGCGUGUUUUGUAUGUGUGUCCUGUAUGAUGCUGUGCUGCAGGCAUGUUUGCCUGAUGCAGGAGUUCGAAUCUUCUGACGGAUUUGCGUGAUCCUAUGGGAAUUUCCCUACACUGUUUUUGGCGAUUGCUUGUACACCUUGCUUGGAGAUCGGGGGAAUAUUGCAGUGUUGCCUCGACGGCACUUGCAUGAAUGAAGCUGCGCACGUCAGCUUGGAGCUUUAUGCCACUCACCAUCAAGCAGCUUCAUCCGGCCGUGCGGGCUGCAGUGUCGUCGCUGUUUGCACGUGUGGAUGAAGCAUCUUGAUGGUGCGGGAUUGGUCGACGCAGGUCGACGGCAUCUAAGCUUGGAUGAUAGAAAGUCGAGACGGCGGUCGGUCUCGGCGGUCUUGACACAUUGCGCUGCGUGCGACUAGGCGGGCGCGCCAGGCCGGCCACGGCCAGGCGGGCGUGAGGCCGUUUGGGUCUACAUGG